UUCCCCCUUUCCCAUUCCCGUGUUCCCCCCCAGGCUGGGCCGCCGCCGUUCUCUUCAACGCCCGCGCGCGCGCGGAGCUGGAGCGCUUCCGCCGCCGGCCGGACACCUUCAGCCUGGGCGUGUGCAACGGCUGCCAGCUGAUGGCGCUGCUGGGCUGGGUGGGGACACUGCCAGGUGACAGCCCCUCGGGCCCGUCCCCGGCGGUGGCCCUGGAGCGGAACCUGUCGGGCCGGUUCGAGUCGCGAUUCGUCACCGUGCGGGUGGAGGCGGGGCCGGCGCUGCUGCUGCGGGGCAUGGAGGGGGCGCGGCUGGGGGUGUGGGUGGCGCACGGAGAGGGCCGUUUCCGGUUCCGGGAGCCCUCGGCCCUGGCCCGCAGUGUCCGGUCGGGCCUGGCCGCGCUAUCAGUGACCACUGAGUGACCACUGACCAUAACCAGUCUCUAACCAGUUUAACCAGUCUCUAACCAGUUUAACCAGUCUCUAACUGGUCUAACUGGUCUCUCACUGGUUCCCCAGGCCGUUUCCGGUUCCGGGAGCCCUCGGCCCUGGCCCGCAGUGUCCGGUCGGGCCUGGCCGCGCUGCGCUACGUCGAUGACCGCGGUGACCCCACCGAGCGCUACCCCCUGAACCCCAACGGCUCCGGCCAGGGCGUGGCCGCGCUGGUGUCCCCCUGCGGCCGCCACCUGGCCGCCAUGCCGCACCCCGAGCGCUCCGUGCGGGCCUGGCAGAGCCCCUGGGCCGGCCGGACCGCGGCCGCCGACGGCCGGAGCAAGGCCGGCAACGGGCCCUGGCUGAGAAUGUUCCGGAACGCCCUGGAGUGGUGCCUGCGGUGGCCGGAGGGGGAGAAGUGACCGCUGAGUGACCGCUCCCUGUGACAGUGACCAUCGCUGACCAUCACUGACCAUCACUGACCGCUGAGUGACCGCUCCCUGUGACAGUGACCAUCACUGACCAUCACUGACUGCUGAGUGACCACUGAGUGACCGCUCCUUGUGACACCGACCAUCACUGACCAUCACUGACCAUCACUGACUGCUGAGUGACCGCUGAGUGACCAACUGACCACCUGAUGGACACCCCCUGUGACACUGACCGUCACUGACCAUCACUGACCAUCACUGACCGCUGAGUGACCGCUGAGUGACCGACUGACCACCCCAUGGACACACCCUGUGACACUGACCAUCACUGACCAUCACUGACCAUCAGUGACCACCCACUGACCGCUGAGUGACUGCUGAGUGACCACUGAGUGACCGCUCCCUGUGACAGUGACCAUCACUGACUAUCACUGACCAUCACUGACUGCUGAGUGACCGCUGAGUGACCGCUGAAUGACCGCUGAGUGACCGACUGACCACCUGAUGGACACCCCCUGUGACACUGACCAUCACUGACCAUCACUGACCAUCACUGACCAUCACUGACUGCUGAGUGACUGCUGAGUGACCGCUGAGUGACCAACUGACCACCUGAUGGACACCCCCUGUGACACUGACCAUCACUGACCAUCACUGACCAUCACUGACCACUGAGUGACCGCUGAGUGACCAACUGACCACCUGAUGGACACCCCCUGUGACACUGACCAUCACUGACCACCCCUUUGUGGCACUGACCAUCACUGAUCACUCACUGACCAUCACUGACCGCUGAGUGACCACUGACCACACAGUGACCACCAGAGUGCCCAACUGACCCCUGAGUGCCCUUCUGACCCCUGAGUGACCAACUGACCCCUGAGUGCCCAACUGACCACCAGAGUGACCAAGUGACCCCUGAGUGCCCAACUGACCACCAGAGUGACCAAGUGACCCCUGAGUGCCCUUCUGACCCCUGAGUGACCAACUGACCCCUGAGUGACCAAGUGACCCCUGAGUGACCAACUGACCCCUGAGUGACCAACUGACCCCUGAGUGACCAACUGACCACGCAGUGACCCCUGAGUGGCCAAGUGACCCCUGAGUGACCCCUUGACCCCCCGUGGAGUGGGCGGGGCCUGUAAUUACAAAUAAAAUGCUCCUAAUGAUCAGAUUAA